UGAAAGACUGAACUGAAUCUAACUGACUCCAAUCACGUCGAUAAUAAACUUAGAGCAUUAAUUAUUAACUUUAAAAAAUGAAAUUUGCACCAACUGUACAGUUAAACAACGGGUAUGAAAUGCCUGUCCUGGGACUUGGAACAUACGAGUCCAAAAAUAAUGAAGGCGAAAUUGCUGUAAGGCAUGCCAUUGAUAUUGGCUAUCGACAUAUUGAUACUGCGUUUUUCUACCAAAAUGAAGUGGAGGUGGGAAAAGCUAUUCGCGACAAGAUUGCCGAAGGCGUGGUAAAGCGUGAAGAUAUAUUUUUAGUAACUAAGCUGUGGAAUAUAUAUCACGAUCCGGAGCUUGUGGAGGCUGCAUGCCGAAAGCAGCUUAGCAAUUUCGGACUAGAGUAUAUAGACCUUUAUUUAAUGCAUAUGCCGGUUGGCUAUAAGUUUGUCGACGAUCAAACGUUGUUGCCAAAAAAUGAAGACGGAGUGCUGCAGCUGACAGACGUUGACUAUUUGGAUACGUAUAAGGCAAUGGAACAGUUAGUUAAGCUCGGCCUAGUACGCAGCAUUGGAGUAUCUAACUUUAACAGUGAACAACUAGCACGCCUACUUAAGAACUGCGAGAUCACGCCGGUGACUAACCAAGUAGAAUGCUCUCCAGCGAUUAAUCAAAAAUCGUUGACUUCUUUCUGUAAAAGCUAUGGAAUUACUGUUACCGCUUACACCCCAUUGGGUAAGCCCAAACCUAAUGAGGAAAAGCCAGAAUUUAUAUAUUCGCCUAAGGUGACGACAAUAGCGCAAAAGUACAAGAAGACAUCCGCUCAAAUUGUUUUACGAUAUUUGGUUGAGAUAGGUGUAAUGCCUAUACCAAAAUCGUCUAAUAUUGGGCGCAUAACUGAAAACUUUAAUAUUUUCGAUUUUGAACUCACUGAAGCUGAAAGAUCUGUGUUAGAUAGCUUUAAUACUGGUGAAAGAAUGGUGCCAUUGAAUUUGAUAAAGGGUCAAAAUCACAAGUAUUAUCCUUUCGCUAUUGAGUUUUGAAAUAAUUUUUCAAUUUGUAUUUAUAAGAUACCAAAAAUAAAAUAUAAAAAU